AUGUAUCUCAAGCGCAAACGUUCUGAAUCCGAAAUCUCCACCGCUUCAUCGCUCCUACCCAGUCCCCUCCAUUCCAACAAUGCCAAUUCUAUGAAUAUCGAUUCCACAUCAAUAGCAUCGCCAAAUCUCUUUUCCUCUCGUACGAGAAAGCGUCACAGAGAUAAUCGACCAAAUGAAGAGACUGUUCAUCAACAUACUCUCUCUCUCCUGUAUUCCGCUCAACAGCCUUCAAAUAUAGAUACAAGCUGUAUGUCACCUCCAUCGCCAUCCGCAAUUUCUCCCCGUACAAUAAUACCUCACCCGCCGAAUAACCCUGCACACCAAGCCUCACUACACUCGUUCUGGCAAUUACCAUCAAACCGACAAAUUUCACCUGACAGCGAUUCUUCUUAUGCAUCAUCUACAUCGGUCUCUCCAAAAACUAUCACACACCAUCUUUUCCUACCCACCAAUUGCGAGGAUUGUGAUGAAUCACUAGCGAAUAGAGAAGGCGGUGACGAAAUGGAUGUAGAUACUAUAAUGGAUAUUAAUAUGCAUGGAACUGGAGAGACAAAUCAUGGAUGUACUAGUUGUGGAAAGCAAGUUUGCCAUUCUUGUGCUGUGAGUAAUUUGGGGAUGGAAAGAAAAUGUUUAAGUUGUGCGGGAAGGGAGAGAGACGGGAGGAAAUGGGUUGGAGGUUUGGGGUGGAUGAACUAG